CAUUCUGUUUACUUAGCUGUAGCUCCUGAAAAACAGGAGAGGUGACUAAAACCCUGUCAAGCAUUCCUUUUCCCUUUGGUUUUUAAAGAGCCUUCUAACUCAGGGGGGGCUUUUUUUUGUAAUCUAAUUAUGAUCUAUCUUAUUGUACUAGCACUCUGCUGUAGCUUUUUCUCUAGCAGAGCCACCCCUCUUCUAUAUGAAUUUUUGGACUGUGAAGAUCCUGAUGUCUUUAAAGCUGUCGACACAGCACUGAAGAAAUACAAUGGAGACAUAGCAACUGGCAAUCAAUUUGCUCUACACAUGGUGAUGGAAGCCAAGAGAACUGCAGGUCCUGACGCACAGUUCUAUGUGAAAUACCGAAUACGAGAAACCACUUGCGCCACUGAGGAAAACAAACUCUGGCAAGAUUGUGAUUACAAAGUAUCUGCAGAGGCUAAAACAGGAGAAUGCACAGCUCGGGUUCACAUGAAUAAUGCUGAAAAAACAAGUAAUGUUUCACAAGACUGCAGAAUAUUUCCAGCUAUGCCAAAGAUAACACUUACUCAGGCUACAUGUCUUGGAUGCUUUCAUCCUAUAUCAACUGACAGUUCAGUAGUGCUGGAAAUUCUGAAACAAGCCAUUCAGAAGUUUAACAACCACAGUGGUGAACAUUUCCUUUUUAAGCUUGUGGAAAUAAAGGAAGCUACAAGACAGGUGGUAGCUGGAUGGAAUUAUGCAAUUAAAUAUGAAAUUGAGGAGACUAAUUGCUCCAAAGACCAAUUUCAAGAUUUAACUCCAGAGUGCAAAACCACUUCCAGAGGUCGUGUAGGCAAAUGUGAUGCCAAAGCAUAUCAAAGUCUUCAGAACGUGAUUGUGGAUAUUGCAAGCCAGUGCAAGCUUCCAGUUGAAGAGACAGUAAUUGCUGCCACUCAAACUGGUUGCCCAAAGACUGUUGCAAAAGACAACCCAGAACUGAGGGAACUACUGAAGGUUUCCAUGGAGAAGUAUAAUUCAGAAAGCAAUGACGAUUUCUACUACAAAAGUGGAGAAAUAGAAGCAGCGACAGUUCAGGAGGUUGCAGGACAAAAAUACCAUGUAAGAUUUGCAGUCUGGAAGACAAAGUGUUCAAAGACAGACUUUGAAAAAAUUAGUGAAGACUGUGAAGCCAUGUCAGACAGUGUACCAUUGUUAUGUGAAGCACAAAUUCAUGUGAUCCCAUGGGAGAAUAAAAUCUUUCCCCAGGUUAACUGCUUGAAAGAACGUUCAAAGGCUGUACUUCUAAGAAGGCCUCCUGGAUUCACACCUUUUCGAAGUCUUGUUAUGCUAAAUCAGCCAAAUGAAAUGCCAUGCUCCAAUAAAAAGGAAGAAGAAAAGCAAAGACCUGAUAAAGAAACUAGAGAAGAUGAGCAAAGACCUGAUAAAGAAACAAGAGAAGAUAGUGGACAGGAACCAGAAGAUCGCCCAGAAUCUCCUCUCCCCAGAUGCCCUGGAAAACCAUGGAAAGAAAUUAUGGACAUUCCAGCUCCUUCUGGCUUUCCCAGAGAAUUCACAAAUGAGGAUCUCUUGCCUUCUGCAGUAGAAAACAGCAAUCCAGUGACAGAAAACCCAACACCUUCCCAAAAUGAAAUGAAAGACCUUGAUCUCUCAGAUGCUUUACUAUGAUUCAAACACUGUAGUAGCCCUUCCAGAAAUUCUAUAUAGGAAAAGAAAAAAAAAAUAGCCUUUCAAAAUAUUUAAAAUGUGAAGAGGCAAAAGCUCCUAUUCUGUUAGCUAAGAUACCCAAGUAGGUCACCACCAGUUCUGGGGACCUAGGAUCAUAAGGCAAUACUCUGUAUUUUCAUAUAUUUGGAAAGAUGUCAACCAGGCAAUGGCACUGACGCUUCAGAAUCUGUCUAAUAAAGGCACCAGGCAAUUCAAUAGCCUUUGGCUGCAGAAGUUAAAAUUGUAACUGCCUCAAAUUGCUGUAAGUACAAAGUGGAUCACUGCAUCAAAUCUCACUGUAUCAUGUUUGAAAGUGUCACAAAGUAUUUUGCAGAUUACAUGAAGACUCUUGAUCAAAUAUGGAUAAGACAAAAGCAAGCCAAGGAUGCUUUUCUUAGAUAUCUGAAAUAGUAUUUCUCUAGUUUCCUGGAAGGAGCUUUUAAAGAGCAAAAUAAAACAAGUGAACUUGUUUUACCUGUCAGUUUCUUCCGAUAGGUUAGUAUUAUCACCAUUCUAUCACUAGCAGUUGUUCUGUUGAAUGAUAUAACCAGGAACAACUGGGAGAAUCCUGAAUAGUGCAGCUCUUUUAUUCCCUAUGAACAUUAUGCUAACUACACCUCAGAGGCACUGUGAUUGACAGAUUUUUCAUGUGGCAGAGGUGAACAAAUAUGACAGAUGAAAAAAAUGCAAACACUUUAGUUGCCUACAAUUUGUCUGCCUUCUUCUAUAGGUAAUGCAUAAUUUAGAGAAUGGAUUGUAUUUUCUACUCUGGAUAUCUUCCAAAGGUUGAGUUUUUGGUGUGAUAUAUUACCUAAAAAUCACCAAGUAUUUCUGGCCACUUAAAAUAUGUUUUCUCUUUAUGGAGCCAAUGAUUUAUACAACUGACACUCCCUCUCCAGCCCCC